AUGUCAAUUAAAAAGCUAAGUUAUUUCUUUAUAUUGAUUAAAUACUUGGACUUCAUGGAGAGAAUUCUAAAUAUAAAUGCUAUCUAAUAAGUUGCUUCCCACAGAAAAGUAUUUUUAAAGACAGUCUAACAAGCUUCUAAACCCUACUUCACAAAAAAUAAACCUUAGACAAGGAAAAAGGGGUAAUUUACUCAUUUUUUAUCCUUACCAAUGGCAACAGAAUCACUAGCAAAAGGACUAGAAAAGUGGAAAUAAGAAAUACUAGCUUAGAAGUAUGAAACUAUCUAUCCUAGGUUAUUUCAAGACCCUAAUAAAGCACAUUUCACUCUUUGCAUGCUAACUCUGCAAAGUGAAUAAGAAGUUGAGUUGGCUCGAGAAGCUAUGAGAUCAGUUGAGGAGUAUAUUCAAAAAUUAGUUGUAGGAAGGGGUUAAAAUGGUAAACUUUUUCUAGAGUUUGACAAUUUGGGCUAUUUUGGAAGUUUAGAAGAAACAAAUGUAAUUCAUUUUGAAUUGAAGGAGGAAGGAGAAUAAUUUGAAUUGCUAAAGGAUGUAAUACAUGUCCUGAUAAAAGCAAUGAUAGAUUAUAAAGUAAUUGAUAAAAGAGAUUUAUCUCAUAUCAGAUUCAACUCAAAAACUAAAAGAUUUGAGAAUGAGAAAUUGCAUUUGACACUAAUUAACUCUAGCUUUGGUAAGAAAGAAUUGAUGUAGAAUAAUAAUAGAUACACAUUUAUUGGAAGACCUAUUAUAGAAAAUCACAAGAGCUAAUUAAAGGCAAGUAGUGCGUCUCCUAAUUAGAUUUAAUUAUCAACGAGAUUUCACUAUGAUGACAAAACUGGCUUUUACCUUUCUUAAUACAAUAUUAAUAUUUGA